AUGAGGUUCUCUCUACUCCCCGUUGUCGUCUUCCUGGCCGCCGCCGCCACCUCCGUCCUCGGUCAAGUCGACGGUGUCAACGUCGACGACAUCUUCGAGCGCGACAUCACUAGCCCAGAAGACCACCUUGAGGCGCGCGACGUCCACACCAACCUCGCUCUCGCUCUCCGUGAACUCGAGGAGGUCCGCCAAAGGAGCUUGGACCACGCCUACCACGUCAAGCGCACCAUGGAGACUCUCGAGAGACGCUCGAGGUCCACUUGCUAUGCCGCAUGCGCUGCUCAAUUCUCCGGCGCGAACAAGAUCGCUUGCUGGAAGAAGUGCGACGCGAUCUGGAAUGGAAAGAAGAAGUAG